CAUUAUUUUAUUUUAUUAAUCGAAAUGAAACUCUCAUUUUCGUAGUACUUACCUUUUCAAAAGGCUGCUGUUUUAUUACACUCUGUCUGUUGCCCAGAUAAGGGGGAAAAAAGAAGAAGAUUGUUUGUAUUAUUGAGGAUUGAAGAGGACUGCAUCUUAUUUCCACGGGGGGAGGUCUGAAAUUACAGGAGGCAUGUUCUUAUUUUUUGGAAUCCUCAAAAUAAAAAUGACGUAAAAAAAUUUUUCUUUAUUAUAUUUCUCUAAUUUCAUCAAUGCAACGAAACUUAAAACACCAUCGUACAGCAGAGUAGUCACAUGGUACGUCAUUUAAUCAUGAAUGCUCAUUAUGUCAUUAGGAUAGUAGGCUAAUAUAAACACUUACAGCAUGUGUUGCCUUCAUUAUAAGGCUUUUAUUUUUUUGCGGCUACAGACAGAUUUUAUUUAUUUUUAAUUUUUUGGUCCAAUAUGGCUCUUUCAACAUUUUGGGUUGCCGACCCAUGCUCUAGAGUGUCUUUUAUAUAUCUCUAUGUGCUAGCACGCCUGUGUGAACUCUGUCCCCAUAGGUUUAAAUGCAGGUACCUUCUACAUUACUUCACUAGCUGCCAUUGCCAAAUGUUUUCUAUUUGAUGGUUUAUGUUCCGCUGAUGUACCAUAUUUAGACCCUCUAUGCAUUUACCACGUGUACUACAUUAUUUGUGCUGUUUGUGCAAAUGCGGGACUGUAUAUGUCACUGAUUAGUGUAUUACGAUGACCUCAGCCUCACAUUGACGGGAUUGAUUCAAUCAGUACAUUUACGGUGCUGUUGCAUUGGAAGAUAUGGGUUUUAUAAGGAAAUUAUAUACAUAUUUGGAAGAGGCAUCAAUCCAUACUGAGGAUUUUUUAUUUUUUUGUCCUAUUCGCUUUGUUAGGUCAAACAGAAAGGAGGAUCUCUAUCCCUUUUAUGCCGGAACAAUUUUGCUGAGCCACAGUGGGGAUUUUAAGCUGCCACUGUGGUUCUUUGUAUUCUGAUUUUAAUUAAAGAUUUGUCAGACAGAACAACGUUUUAAAGGGGAGUGACAGAAAAACCAAAAAGGAGAGACAGUAAAAAGAUAAUUAAUAAUAGAGGAAGAGAAGACAAAAGACAGGACAUUAGCUAUUAGGAAGAUGAGGAAAGUAAAUCAUUAUAAGCCGAGUACAAUGACACAUUAGAUUUGAGUGUUGUAUGGGGCAGUAGUGCUACACCCUGUGAAGAAAGGACGGGACAAUAUUGGACAGGGCUGAACAGGACACGGACCUGAGGGGAAACAUGCAGGACAGAGGUAGUGGACCCAGCUGUACAACUUAAGUGUGGUGGGAGUGGCUAUGUCAAUUCUAAACAUCGCUAGAAACAGAGUGUAAGUGAGGGGAUACCCAGGAAAUUUGCAUAGUUAUGAGUUAUUUAUCGCAUUGACUGAGUGGCCCCCCACCAAGCAAAUCGGUCUCAGAGGUGAGUAUCUCCAGACACAUGCAAGUGAAUUGACCAUCUCGCAUGCAAUGUCCUGUAAUUUGAUAUAUUUUAUUAAAGUGGUACGAGGAUGCUGGCACGUUUUGACUGACACGGUUUAGGUGUUUUAGGUUUAGUUUGAAAUGGCUUACUUUAACGAGGAUCCUUCGCCGUAUCUUGGCCACAGGUACAAACCCGGCCAAGUCUGUUUUGCGCUUGUUGUCGGAGGCAUACAGUAAAUCCUCAGACGGAUGGACCAAAAAUAUAUAUAGGUGCAAGGUGUGUCAGAAAGGUUCCAGGACUCAUGUCACAAAAGAUAUAUUUCAAAUCAAAUGACAAGUUUCCCCCUUUUAAAAUAAUCCCCUGCAGUCGAAAGCACUUUCCCAGCCUUCUUUACCAUGCCUUCAUGCUUUACCAUGCCUUUACUCCUUUGAAGAAUUCUCUUGGGAUCCUCCACCGCUCUGUCCUCACGGCCAUUUUGAUAUCAUCUAUGUAUUCAAAAUGGGUCCCCUUAAUGACCCUUUUGUGCUUUGGAAGUAGGAAGAAAGUCACACAGCCAGGUCAGGUGAAUAUAGCGAUGUUCUUCUCGGCCAGGAAUUGUCAGCUGCUGAGGGCAGUGUGAGCGGGCGUGUUGUCAUGGUGAAGCAGCCACGAGUUGUCUUGCCUCUUCUCCUCUUCUCACGCACUGAACCAAGCAAACGGCGCCGGAUCACUUUGUGGACAUGCUGCUUGAUCGUUUGGCCCUGUGGCAAGAUCUCAACUUUGGACGAUGCUUCUCACAUCAAAGAAUGCGAUCAACAUGACUUUGAACUUGUCUGCUGCCACGUCUUUCUUCGGCUUUGAAGACGUCUGACUUUUUCCAUUGCGGUUGGUAUCUGACCUGUACUCGAAGAUCCAUGACUCAUCUCCCUUAGUAAGUCUGGUCUCAUGGGUCUCAUCAUCACUCACGCUGCUCAUUGCUUGAUAACCUGACUAAGAGGAUAUGUAUAUAAAAGAAGCAUGUGGGAAAAUGUUUAAUGGCUGAAGAGCGCAUAUGUAUGUUUCUAUCUUUCUAUUUGUGAGUAAUGGCAAUUGUCUAUUAUUAAGAUGCUUUUAUUGGCUCAUUAUUUUCAUGUGUAUGUGUGUAUACAACCUGUUAGUCUGGUCGGACUAAACUCUGGUCGGACUAAAAGAGAAGAGCUAUGUGUAGGAGGGAGGGAAAGGGAGCAGUGGUGCUAACUCAAAGCCGAGGGUGAGGUGUCUGUGAUGUCAGAGGACGGGGGUGGUGAAAUGGGUGUGGCUCAGCUGAAACUCUUGCAACACCUAUCUGGUUCCCGAAGAACAGACAAGAAAGAGCAUUGUUCAGGGAAGCUCAAGGCCUGUGGGAAACUCAUAAGUCAGUAGGAUUCAGCACACAGGAAUAAAGCUGGGAUAAGUCAAACUUAACCUUUAAGUUGUUCCUGUGGAAGCAGUUGGAGAAUUUGUAUUUCCGAGAGAAGAAAUUUGCUGUGGAAGUAAACGACCCCCACAGUCGAACAGUGAGCAAGCGGCCCUUUGGACAGACUGGUCUUGUCAUUCACUCCUGGUAUGCCAGUCAUUCUCUAAUUAAAACUAUCUGGGUGAUGGCCAUCAGUCAGCAUCAGUUCUACCUGGACAGAAAGCAAAGUAGAGCAAAUAUGACCACAACAAGAAGUUCGGGAGACAUUGCCAUGGAUCUUACGGAGAUCAGUGCCCAGCGGAUCAGUAAACUUCCCAGUGUUGAAAGCAAAGAUCAGCUUAUUAUGGCAAGCAGUGGAAGCCUCAUAUCGGCUGGUUCUGCUGACUCUGACGUUGCUGAGGAACAGAAGAAAGAGAAGAUUACCGAGUUAAAAACAAAAGAAAACAAACUUCAAGGCAUACUUACACAGAAACUUGAGGAACUGAAGAAGAUCUGCAUGCGAGAAGCUGAACUUACUGGCAGACUACCUAAAGAGUAUCCCUUGGUUACUGGCGAAAAGACCCCUCAAGUUCGACGCCGUAUUGGGACAGAGUUCAAGCUUGAUGACCUUUUCCCCUAUAAUGAGGACCCUUAUUUGAGGAAUUUGGAAAGCAGAUUUGCCUUGCAGCAGAAGAUUGUGGAAGCAGCCAUCAAGUUAACCAAUGAGAUAGAUCUUUGCAAGACAGUGAAAAAAAAGAGAAAAAAUAACUGUCUGGAUGCAAUGAGGAAACUGGAGGAGAUUGAGAAGGAGAUCAACACUUACAGGAUCAGGAAAGGAAAGAAACCAACCCAAAGAGCUUCACUGAUAUUAGCAGAUGAUGUCAAUCCGUCAGACCUCAGUUCUUUGUCUGACAGCUUCACACUGGAUGAAGAUGACGAGCUCAGCUCCCAUAGACAGCGUUCAAGUUCAGUCCAUUACUCUCCAAGACCCCACCAUGCAGACACACUCAGCAUUCACUGCAGCAAAGAGAGACGAGCUUCGGCCAAUGACCAGCACGCGGACAGCAGGUUAAAUUACAGUCAAAUCCAGGAUCCACUCCACUACAGUCACCAUGAUGCCUUAUUAAGUCAGUCCAACAGUCCAUACAAAACUGCUUCCAGACAGUCAUGCGAUGCCCGCAGUAUGCCUCCCACUCCACUGCUUACCCGCAAUGCUUACAGCAGUACCCAGCUCAAAUCGGAGGACUCACCACAGCUUUUUCGCCAACGGAGCGGGAGUCUGGAGUCCCAGUCUCAGUUUCUACCAGAGACUCAACCAACUGUACCCACAUUCAACUUAUCCCCAACCCGACGCAGCAACAGUACUGAGGUACUCGACGACGGCUCCUCCUACACCAGCCAAUCCAGUGUGGAGUAUGCUGUUCCUGGUAACCACAACCACCGACGUAGAGUGCGUGGCCGCCACAGGAAAGAUAUUUAUGCCAACACGGGCAGCAUGCCCAACUUGGCUCAGCCACAGACCCACUGUUAUGCCUACCAGCCCCGCACUCGACCCACCACUACUGCCUACUACAUCACAGGAUAUCCUAACCAUACGGAACCAGAGCUUUACUCUCAUGGCGUCUACAUGCAUGACAAUGAGAUGGAGGGACACUACAGCGUUAAGCCGCCACUCCAUUCCACCCAUGCAGCUUAUCGUGCCCAUGAUGUGCACAGUCACUAUGGCAACGAUGAGAUAGAUGGCAUCUCACAGAACCUGUACGCAACGCUCCGGCCACCUAGGAACCGCCCAGCUCCCCGGAGUGAAGAACAGUUAUCGAGGAACCUUCAGAAGGCUGUUGUGGCUGAGCACUUGAGAGGCUGGUAUCAUCGCAACACUGCUUACAAGCAGGCUGCAUACAGCUGUGACUAUGACCGGGGCUCCCAGCAGAGUCUGGGCUACCAGACAAUGCCUGCACCCUUGAGCCACAACAACAGGAACCUCUCCUACUCAUCAGCCUCCUCCACUGGGAACUGGCAUGGCCAUAUUAGUAGUCAUGGUAUAGUGGAUUGUGACAUGCCCAAGCAGAUGCCACAGACCUACAGCUACACUACAGCUCCCUUCAGCCGCUCCACCCACAGUAGAUCCUACGUAGAUGUCAACCAAAUGGACAUCAGCAACCAAAUGCAAACGAGCAUGGACCCACAGGAUCGGAUACACUGGCAUGAAGACUCAAAACCAGGAACGAUAGUUUAGCUGCCUGCCAUUCAAUAAUCUUUAGCUUGACAAGUUGUCCCUGUGCCUUAAACUGCACUUACUGUACUUAUUUUGCUGAGCAAGGAGAUCCAAAGAAUGAAGAAAUUUACACACAAAUGCCAAACGGACCUAGAUGCUCCCAGGUCUUCUUUGUCUGGAUUGACAAGAAGUGUUUGUAGGGACGGCACUGUUGUGGACUGCUUUAAAAUAUCCAGUAUUGCUCUGAAGAGAUUGAAACUUUGCAGAGUUGUCUCUCUGAAGGCCACAUUGAGCCACAUUGAACAAGUUAAUCGCAUUUUUUUUCUGCCACUUGCAUAAAUGUGUGAACGUAACCAUGAAGGACUAGUCAGGGAUUGAUAUGACCUCAUCAAAAAUGAAGGAACUCAUUAAGAGUGAAUCGGACAAAUAUGUCUCGUUCCUGGAACACUGCACACCCACUAGAUAAUGUACCGUAUUUUUGCGACCAUAAGGCGCACCUUAUUAACAGGUGCAUUCUCAGUUACGGGGUCUAUUUCUGUAUUUAACACAUACAUAAGGCGCACCAUAUUAUUGGGCGCAGGCAUGGUAAAACAUACGCUAGCUUAAAACAUACGGUAGCAUGCAUGCACGCUAAAACAUACACUAGCAUGCAUGCUAGCGUAUGUUUUUAAAAAGGCAGCGGGAGCAAAACUGAGCGGUUGCACUUUAUUGAAGUAUUUAACAAUGUACUCACAUUAUUUUUUGAUCAAUCCUCAUCCACAAAUCCAUCAAAGUCCUCAUCUUCUGUAUCCGAAAGGAACAGCUGGGCAAGUUCUCCAACAAACAUGCCGGGUUCCCUCUCGUCAUUGUCGGAGUCAGUCUCGUUGCCGGGGGGCUGUUCAGCAAUGUUGCCGGCGUAUUCCUGCUUCCUCCACUUGCGAACCAUGGAUUCGUUGAUCCUGAAUUUUCUCACCGCCGCUCGAUUCCCAUGUUCAUUCACGUAACUGAUAGCUUGCAGUUUAAACCGUGCUUCGUAAGCGUGUCUCUUCGUAGGUGCCGUUUUCGGGGGUCCUUAGCCAAACAGAUGUUGUUUGCAAAUACCGGCACUAUAUACCUACUGGGGGUGUGCCUUUAGCGUCCUCUGUCACGUGCACCCUUCCCCCUUUAACGUCCGCAUACUGUCCUCAGUCACGUCAGCCUUUCCUCUAUAUAAGCAACGUGUCGGCAGGAAAUGCUCCCAGUCAGUCAGGCGGAGCGCUCAUCAAAGUCACACAACAACAUUUAAAGAUUUUGGAACUUGGUGCACACAUAAGGCAUAAGGCGCCCCAUCCAUUUUGGAGAAAAUUUUAAGACUUUUAAUUGCGCCUUAUGGUCUUGAAAAUACGGUACUUUUAUUUCUGAAUGCUUUUAACCACCACACUUUCUAGGCUCAUUUGUAUUUAGUCUGUGUGACCAUGAUUUUUGUAAAGGUACACUACGGUACCUUAGUGUAAAUUACAAACGAGUCACAUGUUUGUUUGUUUUUAUUUAACACCAGUAUUACUCCCAAGAAUCAAACAAAGGUUACUGCCACCUUUCUACACAAAUAUUGGACUUCAAGAGAAGAAACUAACAAUAAAAACAUGGUUCUUUUACAUCCAUGCUGGAACUCAUGGACUGGUGCUCCUGAUUUUACUCAAGAGAAUGUUAUCUAUGUUUUUAUUGUGAAUACACUGGUUGUUUGUAGAGCAUUUUAUGUAUUUGAAAAGCAUGUAAUAUAUAGCAAGAAUUGUUGUUAAGCUGGUUCUUAGGAUUUUGUAUAAUUUCACUUGUUUGAAUAAAAAAAAUAAAUCUGA